CUCUCGCUAUCCAUCUCACUCUCUGCUUUCUCACUCCCUCUCACAACCUCCAUGAUCGCCUGCAAAGCUUCAAACCCUAACCAUGGAGCUCUCUCCCCACUCCACCCUCCCAAAAGACCCCUCAAACACGCCCCAAUUUACAGAAUAUGCCACACUCCCCACACCACCACCAACACGAACAACAAUUUGUGCGUGGUAUUUUCGUCCCUAGCAGACGGACCCAGAUGGAAUCAGUACCACCAAUUCACGAACGGCGGCACCAGGAAUGGCAGCAGCACAGUUUACAAGAAACCCAGAAACGCGGAAGAGGCGGAGGAGGAAGGAGGAGGAGGAGAGAGGAAGGUGCAGUGCGAAGUGGAGUUGAUUUCGUGGAGGGAGCGCCGAAUCAAGGCCGAUAUUUUGGUCAAUGCCGAUAUCGAUUCGGUCUGGAAUGCUCUUACUGAUUACGAGCGUCUCGCUGACUUCAUCCCCAAUCUUGUUUCCAGCGCGAGAAUUCCAUGUCCGCAUCCGGGGCGUAUUUGGUUGGAGCAGAGAGGCUUGCAGAGGGCGCUGUAUUGGCAUAUCGAAGCUCGGGUUGUUUUGGACCUUCAAGAAUUUUCUAACUUGAGUCAUAAUAAUCGUGAGCUCCACUUUUCCAUGGUUGAUGGAGACUUCAAAAAGUUCGAAGGCAAAUGGGCCGUUAGAUGCGGGACAAGGUCAUCAUCAACAAUUUUAUCAUAUGAACUUAAUGUAAUACCAAGAUUCAACUUUCCCGCCAUUUUCUUGGAGAGAAUUAUCAGAUCAGAUCUUCCGGUGAAUCUUCGGGCCUUGGCUUGCAGAUCAGAAAAGAAUUUUGUAGGGGAUCAGAAGAUAACAAUGACAGAAAGUUCCUUGCCUACCGCAUCCAUGGCUGCUACUAGUUCACUCCCCAAAAACAUCGACGGUUCUUUGAGUGAAAAGGAUUAUCCACUUAAUGAGUUCAAAGAGAAUAUUCCUGGCUCUAUUCCUGGUCCAUUGAUCCCAUCUUCAACCGAGUUGAACAGUAACUGGGGUGUUUUUGGGAAAGUGUGCAGACUUGAUAAGCCUUUCUUGGUGGAUGAGGUUCAUCUUCGGAGAUUUGAUGGUCUAUUGGAAAAUGGAGGCGUUCAUCGCUGUGUUGUUGCUAGCGUAACAGUAAAAGCUCCUGUUCGUGAAGUAUGGAAUGUUUUGACUGCUUAUGAAAGUCUUCCUGAGAUAGUCCCAAACUUGGCAAUCAGUAGGAUAUUAUCAAGAGAAAACAACAAAGUCCGCAUUCUGCAGGAAGGAUGCAAGGGAUUACUUUAUAUGGUACUUCACGCACGGGUUGUCCUAGACCUGUGUGAGCAGCUUGAAGAGGAGAUAAGUUUUGAACAGGUUGAAGGGGACUUUGACUCAUUUCGAGGUAAAUGGGUUUUAGAGCAGCUAGGAAGUCAUCACACGCUGUUAAAGUACUCUGUGGAAUCAAAAAUGCGCAAAGACACUUUUCUUUCCGAAGCUAUUAUGGAAGAGGUCAUAUAUGAAGAUCUCCCUUCAAAUUUAUGUACCAUACGGGAUUACGUAGAAAAAGGGGAGGCGGCACACUCGUCAAAAGCAUCUGAUGAAAACAUAUAUACGGAGGAAGAAACCGCUUCAUGUAGCACUGGCCAUGAUGAUGAAAAAAGUAACGCAACAGUUGACCAGAUUUCCGAUACUGAUGCUCAAACUUCAUCUAGGAAAAGGCCGAGAGUACCAGGCUUGCAAAGGGAUAUUGAAGUUUUGAAAAGUGAGCUUCUGAAAUUUAUCUCAGAGCAUGGGCAGGAAGGAUUUAUGCCCAUGAGAAAGCAACUUCGUGUACAUGGAAGGGUAGAUAUUGAGAAAGCAAUUAGACGCAUGGGCGGAUUUAGAAGGAUCGCAUCAUUGAUGAACCUCUCUCUUGCUUACAAAAACCGAAAACCAAAGGGCUACUGGGACAGCCUUGACAAUAUGCAGGAAGAGAUUAACCGGUUUCAGAGGAGUUGGGGAAUGGACCCUUCUUUCAUGCCAAGUAGAAAGUCAUUUGAACGCGCAGGGCGCUACGACAUUGCUCGUGCAUUGGAGAAGUGGGGCGGGCUUCAUGAGGUUUCCCGUCUUCUGUCGCUGAAGGUGAGGCACCCUAAUCGACAGCCGAACCUGGGGAGGGAUGUAAAACUAGAUUAUGUGGUGUCAACCGAUGUGGAGGAGGAAGAGAAAGUGGUAGCAUCUAAUCCCUAUGUAUCUCAAGAUACACAAAAGUGGAUCUCUGAACUAAAACAUUUGGAUAUUAAUUGGGUCGAAUAGCAAAUGCAAAUUCAUUUGGUUC